AGACACGGCCAGAGCACUGAGAGAUAUCAGGUAUUGCUGUAACUGGAGUGAAUAAGGGAACCUUCUUCCUGAGCACAGACAUUGGAGCCUGUUAUCAGCAUGAACUCAUAAGUGUUAGACAAACACAUCAAUAGUUCAUAUCUAUCCUUUACUACAGGAAGCCUCAGAAUAAUACCGCAAAUUCCAAUAGUCUUAGACACCAAUGGCUUUUUCACAAACUGGGAUAGCACAGCACAUAUUUAAAGAAGAUGGUGAAUUGUCAGGAACUGGACAGCAAUCAUUAUAUACAGAGAGUAGUUUAGUCAUCAAACAAGAAGACAACAUUUGUGACUUAUCUAGUGAAAUUAUUAUCCUAGGGGAUAAACCACACACAUUUACUGAGUUUUCAAAACAUAUUAAAGAAGAGAAAAGUCUACAGUCUUGCCAAAUGAUUCAAACAAAGGAGAAACUUUUAAAAUCUACAGAAUGUGAGAAAAGCUUUAGAUGGAAGUCUAAUCUACUAGAACACCACAAAAUUCACACAGGUGAGAAACCACACACAUGUACUGAGUGCGGCAAAUGUUUUACACAAAAGAGUGAGCUGAAAACUCAUGAAAGGAUUCACACAGGAGAAAAGCCUUUCACAUGUACAGAGUGUGGAAAAAGUUUUACACAAAAGAAUAAUCUGAAAAUUCAUGAAAGGAUUCACACAGGAGAAAAACCUUUCACAUGUACAGAGUGUGGAAAAGGUUUUACAGAAAAGAGUAGUCUGGAAACUCAUGAAAGGAUUCACACAGGAGAAAAGCCUUUCACAUGUACAGAGUGUGGAAAAAGUUUUACACAAAAGAGUAAUCUGAAAAUUCAUGAAAGGAUUCACACAGGAGAAAAGCCUUUCAUAUGUACAGACUGUGGAAAACAUUUUACACGAAUGGAAUGUCUGAAAACUCAUGAAAGGAUUCACUCAGGAAAAAAGCCUUUCACAUGUACAGAGUGUGGAAAAAGAUUUAGACAAAAGAGUAAUCUGAAAAUUCAUGAAAGGAUUCACACAGAAAGAAAGCCUUUCACAUGUACAGACUGUGGAAAAAGUUUUACACAAAUGGAUUGUCUGGAAACUCAUGAAAGGACUCACUCAGGAAAAAAGCCGUUCACAUGUACAGAGUGUGGAAAAAGUUUUACACAAGAGUAAUCUGAAAACUCAUGAAAGGAUUCACACAGGAGAAAAACCUUUCACUUGUACAGACUGUGGAAAAGGUUUUACACAUAAGAGUCAUCUGAAAACUCAUGGAAGGAGUUUUAGCAACAAAUGUCUCUCCAGAUCUACAUGGGCUGUAUUGUUCCAAAAUUAAUUAAUCUUUCAAGGAAUUAAUAACCAUGCUUAAAGUGGGAGGUUUUAUAUUUUUCCAUAUCCUACAAAUUAGAUUGCGCCCAAGAUUAUACUUAAAUUAAGAAACUUAGUUCUGCAUCCCCAUAGUUUCCCAUUACAGAGAAAUAUGAUAUCGUAAAUAGAAAAUUUAAUUUCUUCCUUACAAAUUUUACUCAUAAAAAACUGUAAUUUGUCCCAGAAUUGUCUUAUUUUGGGGCAGCCAUAUAUGCAGUGAAUUAAGUUAGCGUCUGACAACUGGCAUUUUAUGCACCCUAUAGCCUUAGUUUUUGACCAUUUAUUUAACCGACGGGGGGUCAUAUAUGUAUGGUGUAGUAAUUUUAAUUAAGACUCCAUUCUAUCCAU